CAUUCCAAAACUUGUUUGUUUACUAUUUUCGUGGUUCGUGAAAAUAUUAAUUUAAUAAUUGUUUUAACAAUGGAUGACGAUGACUAUUGGAAUACGAGUGAAACAAAGGCCAAAGCUUUCAGUUUUGAUGAUGAUGUCCUCUCAACACAAGAGAUCCUGGCCAUCGGUCAGAAGUCCUACUCCUCACCAGGACAGAGUGAGGAGAGCCUCUUCAAUAACAUCAGCAUAUCCACUGUUCAGUCAGCAGCCAUACCACUGAACAGUCUUGUUUCAUCUAAAGUUUUAGAUCUGAUUCUCCUAGCACAGUCAGGCAAAGAUCCCUCAAAGGAGACUAAAUACGAACCUGAGCAGACAGUAGCUAUGACCCUCAAGAGACUGACUCUUGGUCGCAGCUGUUCCUUACAUGUACACCGUAGUAUGAAGAGUAAGACAGAGUUACUGGACGGAGCGCUGGCUAUUGGAGACGGGAAUGCUGUUUUGACUGUGGUUCUAUUCCUAAUUCAGACGCUGAACAAGAAGCUAGUCUAUGAGCUGCUGUCUUCAAGACCUGUAGCUCUAAACCACUACAUAGCGUUUUUACAGAACGAGGGGAAAAUAUCAGAACUCACAGACUUAUUAACGAUGUUGGGACGUAGCCCUGAUGCAGCUAUGUACCAAUACCAACACACAGUGAAGACACAGGGCAACAAUGUGGACGUGUUGCUUAGAAAGUUGAGCAACUUGUUGGCCAACCAUUUCAACCAGCCCGGUGUCGACCAACACCAAGCUAAAAUGAUUGCGGACUAUAUCAAGUUGUUAGAAUGGCAGAAACACGUGAACAAGCCGGACUUGAGCUACAAGUCAGUGAUUCAGUGUCUGGCGUACAACUGCACGCACCACUGGCACGAGGGCGCCGGGAACGCCAUGUCGCCACUCACACUCUGUCAACGGCAUCAGAUAACUCCGCUACAAUACGACUGGGUUGUGUUGAACGUGCACGCCAAAUCCGGCAAAUGGGACAUCGUGGAAUCAUUAUUUACUAAAAAGGACUGGUUCGGUCGUACGACAAUAUCGUCGAACAUCCCAAUAGAGACGCUCCUGUCCCGCCUCAGUCAGUUGCAGGCCAGCAAGCAACUACUCGCCACAUGCGUCAACAAAGUCGCCAACAGUGACGACAGACUGCGACUCGCGCAUAUGUAUAAGAUCUAUGCAGUUGUAAUAGAGACCCUAGCGAAGCAGAAAGAUAGAACAGCGCUCACCAACUACAAGAUGACCUUGAACCCCCAGUCAGAAGAAUAUAUACUCGCUGAGAAUACUCUUAGAGAUAAUUCAAUAAAAUGGAAGAACUGAGGUAUCAAGUUCAAACGUUCCUGGUUCAACAUAAAAUCGUCAUGGCACUGUAUUUAAAUGUUUAUUUUUUUAAACUAAAACUAGCUUAAUGUAGGAAAAAUUUCAAGAAGAUUGGUUCAAUGGUUAAUGCGUAAAGAGACAAACAACAUUAUAUAUUAUACACCGAAACUUUUCUUAGAAAUUACACUGUAUCUAAUUAUAAAGUUGUAUAAAAACAAUAGACCGACAUGACAGAAGACCCUAUUUUUAUAAUUCGUGAUGUAAAGAUAGAGUUAGUGUUAUGAUGCAGCUAAAAUCUGUUAAAACAUACAUACCUACCUAAAUAAUCAGGCAUAUUAUGAAUCUACUACUUACUUAUUACUAGUUUUGUACAUUUAUCAUGAUAUUUUUAACUUAUGAAGACUCUUGUCUAUAUAAUUAAACUGUAUAAUUUAAUAAAACAUUAGUUGUACUCAAAAACAAAGG